AUGUCCAUACGAUAUCGAUUUAAACGAAACAAUAGUCUUUUAAAUGAUCCUAUUCCAGUUCAUCCUGGUGCAAUUUAUCGACCUCACAAUCGACCGAAGCCAGAAAAUGUCCCACUAUUAGUUUCCCGUGUGACAGUUCCACGUGGGAUAAAAAGCAAUGUUAUUGUAUCUGCACCACUUAUUGCCAAUGAUAGUGACUUUUCAUCUUGGUGGAUCAUGGGGCCCUUGUUUGUUUUACUUAUACUUUUGGGUCUUGGUGCUCUCGCUUAUCGCAUGAAGAAAAAACAUGAUUCAGAAAAACGAUUCAAAAGUGAAAAUAAUGAAACAACCCAAGAGAACCAUGAUAGAAAAACAAAUGAAGAUAAAAUAGAAAAUCUACAAACUCAUGACAGUAAAAACAAAUCAACAGUUCAAAACGUCACACUGACAAGUACAACAGCAAAUAUAAUACCGCAUGAACAAAUAAAAUUGACACGAACAUCAUCUGAUACUGAAGAAUACGAAACUAUUUCAAUGAUUAACAGUGAUAGUGCUUUAAACCGAAUAGAUUCUCUCGAGCCACAUGGUAUUGGCAAAAGUCCAUUGAUAUCAAUGUUUCCAAGUGGAACAAAACGAAAUGAAAAACAAAAACUAAAAACUCGUCAUGAUCAAAUAAAAACCAGAAACAUAACAUUAAAUUCUCACAUAGAAAAUCAACAGUCAGACAUAAAUAAGGAUAAACAAAAACAAUUAACAACAAAUAUUAGUUCAAAAUAUGAUUCAUCAUUUGAAUCAAGUAAAAUAAUCUCAUCGAGUUCUCUUGCAUCAGUUCCACCAACAAAAGCACAAAACUCAAGAAUUGUUUUAUCAAAUGAAAAAUCAAACAGAAACAUUCUUCAGUCAUCUAGACAAUAUUCAACGAUUAAUAAAAACAAUUUAGAUAUUUUUGAUAAUCGAUUACAAUCUAACAAUGAAUCAUUAAAUCAUCAAAAAAUACAAAAACUUGAUGAUAAUAAAUCUAAUGCAACAACAACAUCAUUAACACAAUUAAAUUUAAUAAGUCACAACAAAACAAUAACUUUAAUGCCAAAUGUUCCUCAAUGUAAAUUAAAUAAAUUAUCUGAUGAUAAUGAUGAUUAUGAUGAAAUUUAUUCUUUUCCUGAAAAUAAUUCAAAAAAACAAUGA